AUGCAUGACUUCCAAAAUCUCUCACAAACACAACACAACACAACACAAUACAACAAGAUCUCUCUUUUUCCAAAGGCAUCAAGCUCAAUGACAUCCUCAUCAUGGAGCAGUAAGCAGAAUAAGCAAUUUGAGGCGGCACUAGCAAAGUAUGAUAGGGAUGCUCCCGACCGGUGGCACAACAUUGCACGGGCAGUUGGAGGUGGCAAAUCCGCUCAAGAAGUGCGGCGCCACUAUGAGGCCUUAGAGAGAGACAUAAACAACAUCGAGAAUGAUCAAGUGCCCAUCCCUAACUACAGGCCCAACCGCAACGCUAGAGGAUGAAACGUACACUUAAACGAAUUUCUCUAUUUCAAAUUAGUAUAUUAUGAGAUUGAUGUUGGAAAUUAUCGUCAUGUUGUUAUCAUCUAACGAUACAUAACGAAAAAUUCAGACAAAAAUAAUAUUGUAAUUAAAUUAAAAUUA